CAAACACUGAGCAUCUACUUGUAACAAUAGCACUGAGCAUACAGAACAUAUUCACAAGCGGCUCAAGCAUCAGCAACGCGAUUGAUGGAUGUGAGGUAGCCGGACCCGCCGCAUUCUUCCAACAUCAUGGCUUCACUGCCAGCUCGGCAGUCCUCGCGGCCGCGACGAGCUUCGCCGUCUGAACAGUCGCAGGCUUCGACCACACAACCUCAAGAAUCUCCAGCGCAAGUACGAUCGCAAUCCGAAGACUCGCAGACUAUAUUCGUCAACAAGCCAGCAGAAGAGGAGGCAGAAUUGGAGCAAGAGAAGUCACUACCAGCCGAAACCGCCGCGGGUCAAGAUGAAGACGAGGUCAUGAGAUGUUGGAUUUGCAUGUCCGAUUCGACUGAAGAUGGGCCGGACACAUCGCCAUGGCGCGAUCCAUGUCCGUGUGCGUUGGUCGCUCACGAAGAAUGCCUGCUGGACUGGAUAGCGGACAUUGAGUCCCCAAAGAAUGCACACAACCGAAGUCGCUCAGGGAAGAUAGAAUGUCCACAGUGCAAGGCAGAGAUCAAGCUUUCACGGCCGAGAGACUACAUUGUGGAUGCCAUGCGAGGUCUCGAACGCAUGACAGACAGAGCUGUCAUUCCUGUGAGUGGACUGGCGUUGAGCUCUGCAAUGGUGCACAUCAGCCAAUACGUCGGCGUGCACACCAUUUAUGCGAUAUUUGGAGCAGACGAUGGUAACAGAUUGCUGGAGCCCCUGUGGCGAUGGGCCACACAGCCUUCAGUCGAAGUGUAUGCCAGCGAGCCAGAGAAGGUUUGGGAGAUCCUUUCGACGUUGUUCCUCGAUCGACUAAAACACUGGCGACUCAUCGUGGGCCUCCCAUUGAUCACGCCAGUGCUCGUUUUAUCACGAACCUCACUUGCCGAUAGCGUACUGCCCGUUCUGCCAAUUGUUUUCUUCGCUUCCCAAGCACACUCACCAAGCGACGCUCUGGAUUUUGCGUCAUGGCCACCAUCCGCAAGCUUUGCGUUUGCCGUAUUACCCUACGUUCGCUCGCUGUACAACGCGUACUACAAGAGGGUGUGGGCAGAAAAAGAGAAGCAAUGGCUUGAGGCAGUCAAGCCGCGAGUGAGCCAACAGAACGAGCAGGAUGCAGCAGCAAAUAAUGGGCAGAAUCCCGCGGAGGCAGAAGGAGACGGCAAUGUGUUCGAGGUGCGAAUCGAACAAGAAGUGUGGGAGGAUGAUUGGGAACAAGAAGAUCAAAGACUCGUUCAACAAGCAGCGGACAGGCAGCCUGCAGCACACAACGAAGCCCAACAGCCUGGCUUGCAGAUUGAGCAGAAUAAUGACGAGGAUGCAAACGCACCACAGCAAGCCGCUGGCGAAGUUCCACAACAAGCACAGGCUCCCCAACGAGACCUGCCACAGGAAGGCGGAUUCCCUCGAGGCGAAAACGACGCGGCGCCCGCACCCGUAGUACCUCGCGAUCGUUUGGAAGACUUCGCACGUCGACGCCAGGAAGCGCAAGGCCAGCAUAACAAUGCUGGCAAUGUGCAAAACGUCGAGCGUCGAUUGUCGCUCUCUCUCACUGGAAUGGCUGAAACGUUCCUUGGCGCUCUCUUCUUUCCAACAAUCGCCGGCCUGGCCGGAGAAGCGCUGAAGCUUGUUCUUCCGCACAGAUGGGUCACCCCGCCGCCCAUGCGCAUCUUCAGAGAGACGUGGGCGGCAGGAUUUUGGCAGAGGAAAUGGGCUCGUAGCUUGGUCGGCGGAUGUCUCUUCGUGGUUUGCAAAGAUUUCCUGCGGCUGUAUGUGUGCUGGCGCGCCGCACAGCUUCAUAAGGACAGAAGAGUUCUCGAUGUAGAUAGGAGAAAGGGUCGAGGGUCAUUCAGGCCGUGAUGGGAUAGUCAAUUGUGCUUGAGCGAGGAGUUGGGGCACGGCAUUAUUGGUUUUACAUAGCUCUCACUCAGCCAUAGCGCUGGCGUCACAGACACGAUGUAUGAAGACAAUCCCAGCUUCUCUCGCC